CGGAAGGCUACAUCCGACAAAGGGUGCACACAUUUAAAUUCACCAAAAUAAUAAACAACAGUGAGGAAUCGAUUUUUGGUGUCGAUUUCAUUGGAUUCCAGGGCCAGGAAUUGGAAUCGAUUACCAAAAUUGUGGAAUCGAACAGCCCUUAUUUCUUGAUUAGAUCAGAGCGCGCCUCUGAAAAACACCCUGUUUACGUUUCAUCAUCUUCUUACAGAGCCUGGUUUGUUACCCUGCGUUUUUCGUUCUACAUUUGCAUAAGGAAUGCUUAGUCUUUUUGACGCUCUCAGCGUCAAAUACACCGCGCGAGAGCUUCAGCUCAACUUCCAAAUGAAUUAAAAACUCACUCCGCACCAGUGGAAACUCGCCUUUACAGAAUGUACUUCAUUAUGUGCUCAUGUAGGCUAGUGUAAGAGCUGAGUUUGCCCAGUAGGCGGCAGUAAGUCGACUCGCGCUGUUCAAUCUGCUUCAGUCGAAGAAGAGGGAGAUUCAAAAGACAGCUGCUGUGACAGCGAUUAAGUUUUCAGCAUGUACAAUGGUGACAUCAGCUGCACAGUCGUUCGAAUCGAACCUCUUCACGAGCGCUGGGACCUCGUGGAGGUGUGUGCCGAAUUACUCAAUGCCCAAUGGCAGCGCAGCAUGGGGGCACGAAUCCACUCGCUCCGUCAGUCGAGUCACAGCUAUCCGGUGUGUCUCUUGCUGCUGAGUGGAGAGAGGCGGAGUCAGGAUGAGAAGCUAAUAGGCCACGCCCGCUUGUCCCGUGUUCUGGGUAGCCGUAGUCUGUUUGUGGAAUCGGUCGUGAUGUGUAGCACAUUACGAGGGAAGGGUUAUGGCCGUGUCCUGAUGGAGGGGGUUGAACGGUAUGCAAAAGGACGGGGCUGCACCCGAUUGUGCCUAACCACCCAUGAUAAACAACACUUCUAUGCCCAUCUGGGGUUUGUGCUAUCCAAACCUGUCCAAAAUGUCGGGACGUUGGCCUCUUUCAUGCCCAUGGAGUUGCUGCACAAGUUCUGUAGAAGCGCAGAGAGCGAGGAGGAAGGAAGCAAGAGUGAUGAGUUAAACAAUCCUGCACCAUCUACACCUUCCAUCUUACCUCCUCCACCACCUCCUCCUUCACUCUCCGGUCCACCUCCUCCUCCCCCUAUUUCUGCUCCUCCACCUCCUCCUUGUCCUCCGUCAUCUUUGGCUCCAGUUAAUCAGACUCUGGAGCAAACACCGUACACCGACAACAGAGGGCUGCCCAUCUUCUGGAUGCACAAGGACAUCUGAGACUCAUGCUACACUCCUGUCUGCUUUAUUCAGGGAUACACAAACACAGUGUUUACGGGGCAAGAAGAAUCUUGUAAACUUGAACUGUACUGACUCAAAUACUGUGACAAUCUGAAUGUGCCUCAUUACUAAAGUUUACUUUGUGUUUUAGGUACUAUUUGAUUGAUAAAAAGAAAACAAGUAAAAUCAUUAAAAGGUAAAUCUUUGUCACCCCAAAUGCUGCUGCUGAGAUUAUCUGCUGCUU